AUGGAGAGCGUCGAAAGUGCAGCCAACAUGGAAUUGUCAACAACCUUUUCCCAGGUUGUAUUUCAGGAAAUCCCCCACUCCUAUGCGCCAAAUCUUGCCGUGAUUUGCUGCUACACUCUGACAGCAGCCAUUCAACAGAACCCCAGAGACUGGGUGGGGAUAUUCAAAGUGAGAUUAUAGAUAUUUUGUCAUGAUCUGUUUCAUCAGAGAUUAUGAUAUGGAUUGUAUUAGUUGACCAGUAGAAAUUGAUUUGAUUAUUUCCAGAAAGGAAAUAAUAACCUAAUAUAUUAAACAAUAGAUAUCCACAGUCUAUAAUCCCUCCCAAUUGUCAGUCAGUCAUGAUUGUGUUAUAACUGAUGUUGUGCUGAUUGUGUUAUAACUGAUGUUGUGCAGGUGGGCUGGAGCACCACAAAGGAUUAUUACACAUUUGUGUGGGUAGAACCAUCAUUGGAUCCGAUGAAACAGGAUCCAAACAGAAAACAAGUGGUUUUUAGUGGUAAGACAAUGUGUGCAUUUUAUCCUCAAAACGUUUCAACUGACAUGAACUUUGAUAUGAAUGAUCGUGAUCAAUUUAGGUUAAUUAUUUUUUGAUGAUAGCUAUAGGCCCAUGUUAAUUUCUUAAUUCUAUAUACAAAUAAUGUAAAUUGCAUUUUCAUUUGAUAUUCAAGUGAUCAAUAUUAUGCUGGGGAUUACGCUGACAAUGAUAUUGUUAUUCUGAUAGCAUACUACUUGCCAAAGGAUGAUGCAGAGUUCUAUCAGUUCUGCUAUGUUGAUAGCAAUGGCCAAGUGAGAGGAGCCAGCACCCCCUUUUGUUUUAAAACCUCAGGGGAACAAAGCACAGAUGGCAGCCUGGAAAACGACCUCUUGGUCAUCACAACACAGGUACAAUGCAAUCCACCAUACCUAACAUUAAACGUAGAUUUGAUUGUGUUUUAAAGACCAUGCUUGAAAUAUUUGACUUAAAAAUGCAGAACUUGUUGUUUGGCUUGCUUAGUGGCUGGGUCAAGGAGAUUAUGUCCCUCACAAUAACAUUUUAGCUAGAAUUAUCCAUAGGAGAGGUUAUGUAUGUACAUGAUGUGCAUUUCUGAAUCUAGGAAAAGGUCGAGCAACGUGAGAGGGAGAAAGAAAAGCUGGUCAUGGAGUUGGGGCAACUGAAAGAGCAAAAUGAGAUUUUGAGAGGAGUCCUGAAGGAGCAACAGCAAGAGAUUGAUUGCCUCAAGGUUUGUUUUCUAGUUGUUUGUUCCAACUGCUGCUAAUUUAUAGCCCCUAGUCAUGUGUGAGAAUGGAAAUGAGAAUGUGAGGUAACAGAAUUGUAACAUUAUUUCUGCAGCUGUCUAACGAGGAACUAUACCAGGCCGACGGGAACCUGGAGAAGCAGCAGCAGAAUGCAAGAGAGCAUGAAGAACUGACACAUAAAGCUAAAUCAAUGGAUGACUCCCACAAAGGACAGGAGGUAAUAUUUGGUCAAUUUUGUGUCUACAACACAGUGAUCACAAAUCAUCUGACAACUAAGAAACUGUUUCCUUACUGAAACAUAAAUGCUUUUCAACAUAACUGGUGGAACUAUACUUGAUGGAUAGAUGGAACUAGCCAAACACAGUAAUCAAAUCAAAUCACAUUUUAUUGGUCACAUACACAUAUUUAGCAGAUGUUAUUUCGGGUGUAGCGAAAUGCUUGUGUUCCUAGCUCCAACAGUGCAGUAGUAGCUUAACAAUUCACAACUAUACACAAAUCUAAAAGUAAAAUAAUGGAAUUAAGAAAUAUAUAAAUAUUAGGACGAGCAAUGUCGGAGUGGCAUUGAUUAAAAUACAGUAGAAUAGAAUAGAAUACAGUAUAUACAUAUGAGAUGAGUAAAGCAGUAUGUAAACAUUAUUAAAGUGACUAGUGUUCCAUGUCCAUAACCAGUAGAGGUUAUCAACAUGAUUUGAGCAUUUCUGAAUCUAGGAACAGGUGGCGCAAAGUGAGAUGGAGAAAGAAGAGCUGGCCAUGGAGUUGGGGCAACUGAAAGAGCAAAAUGAGACUCUGACAAGUGCCCUAAAGGAGCAACAGCAAGAGGUUGACCGCCUCAAGGUUUGUUUGAAAGUAUUUUCUUUCCACCAGCAGUCUUACUUCUAGCCCCUAAUCAGGUUGAGAGGAUGAUGAAUUGUAUAUUGUUCCUGUAGGAAUCAAAAGAGGAACUUGCACAGGUAGUGAGCAAACUGGAGCAACAGCAACAUAAUGCUAGAGAGCAUGAAGAACUGACACAGAAUGCCAAAUCAAUGGAUGAAUCACACAUAGGACAGGAGGUAAGUGACGCAAACCAAUUUCCCAUUUGGGACUACUAAAGAACUACUACUACUGAGUGCAUUUUGUCUUGUUUCUAACUGUUUCUUUCCAUGAAUGUCUGGAGUCUCUGACCCCAAUUCAUGAAAAAUAUUUGGUGAAUAUAGUGUCAAAACAUGUGACAGCUGUUUGUAUACCAUCAAUAUUUUUCAAUGAAUCUUCUACUAUUCCCCCCCCCCCCCCCCACUUUCUCUGUCUCCUUGUCAUGUAUCGAAGGGUGUUUUCACAUAGUCCUCUUUAAUAAAGUAGUCUAGUGUGUGGUGCGGGAAUAAUGACAAGCGAACCUGGGGAGCUUAGUGUUCACAUUGGCCUAAAAAAGAGAACCGGCCUGCAGAAUUCAAGCGAACCGAACUCAGACCACCUCUCGGAAUGGUCUCAGUUCGGUUCACUUCGGGGGCUCUUUUGAGGGGUCUGAAUUCCUUUGGAGUGUUCACAGAACAUUAAGCAAACCGUAAUGUAUUCACAAAAAUUGUCUGAAAGGGACCAAGUGUGAAAACACUAACUUGCUAUUUCUCUUCACAAAUGCCUGCAGUCUCUGACUCCUACUUGUGAGAAAUAUGAACGAGCAUUGAGCAAGAUCAAACAGCUGAAGAAGGAGCAAGUGGAGUUGAAAGGAAAGGUUGAGGUCCAAAGUCUGGAGAUUGCACAGUGAGUACUUGUCUCGAGCAAUCCAUUCAAUGGACAUAGCUUUCUAGUCCAACACCUUUCCAGUCAUAUCAUGAUAUCAUCCUGUAUAUUAUUAUAAUAUAUAUAUAUAUUUUUACACUUGUGUAACAAUGUUGUUCCUCAUGCCCCUGCGUCUGUGUAAACAGGCUGAGCCCAAGGCUCAGCAAAUCUGAGCAGGAGUCUUACAGACUGAAGGAUCACAUUCAACUUCUACAGGUCAGCACACUCAGCAGAGUAAUUGAUGUAAAUGAAUGCCUGUAACACACAUACAGUGGGGAAAAAAAGUAUUUAGUCAGCCACCAAUUGUGCAAGUUCUCCCACUUAAAAAGAUGAGAGAGGCCUGUAAUUUUCAUCAUAGGUACACGUCAACUAUGACAGACAAAAUGAGAAAAAAAAUUCCAGAAAAUCACAUUGUAGGAUUUUUAAUAAAUUUAUUUGCAAAUUAUGGUGGAAAAUAAGUAUUUGGUCAAUAACAAAAGUUUCUCAAUACUUUGUUAUAUACCCUUUGUUGGCAAUGACACAGGUCAAAUGUUUUCUGUAAGUCUUCACAAGGUUUUCACACACUGUUGCUGGUAUUUUGGCCCAUUCCUCCAUGCAGAUCUCCUCUAGAGCAGUGAUGUUUUGGGGCUGUCGCUGGGCAACACGGACUUUCAACUCCCUCCAAAGAUUUUUUAUGGGGUUGAGAUCUGGAGACUGGCUAGGCCACUCCAGGACCUUGAAAUGCUUCUUAUGAAGCCACUCCUUCGUUGCCCGGGCGGUGUGUUUGGGAUCAUUGUCAUGCUGAAAGACCCAGCCACGUUUCAUCUUCAAUGCCCUUGCUGAUGGAAGGAGGUUUUCACUCAAAAUCUCAUGGCCCCAUUAAUUCUUUCCUUUACACGGAUCAGUCGUCCUGGUCCCUUUGCAGAAAAACAGCCCCAAAGCAUGAUGUUUCCACCCCCAUGCUUCACAGUAGGUAUGGUGUUCUUUGGAUGCAACUCAGCAUUCUUUGUCCUCCAAACACGACGAGUUGAGUUUUUACCAAAAAGUUAUAUUUUGGUUUCAUCUGACCAUAUGACAUUCUCCCAAUCCUCUUCUGGAUCAUCCAAAUGCACUCUAGCAAACUUCAGACGGGCCUGGACAUGUACUGGCUUAAGCAGGGGGACACGUCUGGCACUGCAGGAUUUGAGUCCCUGGCGGCUUAGUGUGUUACUGAUGGUAGGCUUUGUUACUUUGGUCCCAGCUCUCUGCAGGUCAUUCACUAGGUCCCCCCGUGUGGUUCUGGGAUUUUUGCUCACCGUUCUUGUGAUCAUUUUGACCCCACGGGGUGAGAUCUUGCGUGGAGCCCCAGAUCGAGGGAGAUUAUCAGUGGUCUUGUAAGUCUUCCAUUUCCUAAUAAUUGCUCCCACAGUUGAUUUCUUCAAACCAAGCUGCUUACCUAUUGCAGAUUCAGUCUUCCCAGCCUGGUGCAGGUCUACAAUUUUGUUUCUGGUGUCCUUUGACAGCUCUUUGGUCUUGGCCAUAGUGGAGUUUGGAGUGUGACUGUUUGAGGUUGUGGACAGGUGUCUUUUAUACUGAUAACAAGUUCAAACAGGUGCCAUUAAUACAGGUAACGAGUGGAGGACAGAGGAGCCUCUUAAAGAAGAAGUUACAGGUCUGUGAGAGCCAGAAAUCUUGUUUGUAGGUGACCAAAUACUUAUUUUCCACCAUAAUUUGCAAAUCAAUUCAUAAAAAAUCCUACAAUGUGAUUUUCUGGAUUUUAUUCUUCUAAAUUUGUCUGUCAUAGUUGACGUGUACCUAUGAUGAAAAUUACAGGCCUCUCUCAUCUUUUUAAGUGGGAGAACUUGCACAAUUGGUGGCUGACUAAAUACUUUUUUCCCCCACUGUAUACUCUUUAAAAGACCUGUUGGCCAAUUAAUUUAGUGCUUCCAUUGAUGUGAAAAAAACAUUUAAUCACGGAAUCUCAUGUUGACCUUUUUCAGGUGGAUCUCCAGAGCAGUGAGAAAGAGAAGGAGAAGCUUUCUGCGGAGUUGCACAAACUGCGUGGUCUCACACAUGACCUGGAGGACUUGAAGACUGAGAACAAGGCCUUACACAGAAGCCUGUCAGAGCAGGAGCACCAGCCACAGCAGGAGAUGGUGGACAGUGAUUUGAAGGUGGGAACAAGUUGCUAAAAUAACUAUGUCCUUCCAAUACACACCAUUGUGAAAUGUAAUACUGUAGUCUUCUUGUGUGUGCCUCUAGGUACAAUACCAAGCUCUUCUUGGCCAGCUGCAGGAGGCUCAGACACAGUUGCACCAGGAGCUGCAUGCUUCCAACAACACACGUAGACGUGCAGAGCAAGCAGAGGGGGAACUGGAGAAGGUCAAUGAGUGCAUGAAGCUCAUAACAAUAAGGUCUACACAGGCGGAGCAGAAAACCAGCAAACUAGAGGUGCUUAGAGAAUAUCUUGGACGCUAUUCCAAUCCACAGACAGGGUCAGGGAUAUGAUUUUUGCUUACCAAUAUGUUGUUUGUUCUGGGAAAGCAGUUGUGAGAGCAAAUGAAUAUAAAACACACUAAUCUUAUUCUCUUGGCUGAUCACAAGUUGCCUGUUCUCUCCUCUCAGAUGCAACUUUUAGAGUUACACAGAAUCAUUGAGGAGAAAGAAAGCAUGACAGAGAUUGCUAAAGUAGAGAAAGAGGAGUUGUCCAGAGAAAAUCAGGUGAUUGCUAUGAAUUCUGAUACUAUUUACUAGUCAUUUAAUUAUUUACUUUAUAAUAAAAUUAGGGACAUUUGCUUACCUUGGGGUUUUCACUGUUUUCCAUCUGUCAGGAACUCAAAAUAACUGUUGUGAGACUUCGCAAGGAGUUUGCUGACCUCCAGGCUGCUCCAGUGUCCAUGCAGCAUCCCAACCCUUAUGGCUCUUCAACUGACCCCAUCCCCACUGAGGAGCAGCAGCAGCAAGAUGCACUGGCUGCCUCUCUCCACUUUGGGAACCCUUAUGAGACCCCAGGUAAUCCCAAUACUCCAGCUGUUGGAAAGCCUCACAUAAAUAUUCUUAAAUGAGACAUGAACGCCACUUGUGCCUCAUGGACACACCUUCUUGAAAAAUAACAAAACAUGUUCAAUUAUGACUGACAUGAUUCUGUUUGCAGGCCCUGCGACAAACCCGGAGGAGGUAUGUUAAGUAAUUCCUAUGGUAUACAUGGUAUAAAGCAGAUUAGAUGUUUACAACAACAUACACUAGUGGUUUGGGAUCAAAGGGUUGGUUUCAUAAUGCUCUAUCAUUUCUGUGCUACAGUACAGUUAACUCUAUCCAAUCUAGAUCCAAUAUUAUUACCACUUAUGACCUGUGUCUGUCCCAUAGUUGUCCUUGAAAUGUCGUCAUUGCCAUGAGUGCUUCCCUGGCAUCACCCCGAAUGAGCUGGAGCUGCACGAGGACAGCCACAGAGUGUGCCCCUUUUGCACCCUCAUCUGUGACGGACUCGAGCAGACCAAGUAUGAAGAACACGUCUACAGCCAUGAGGUGUAGGGAUGCCACAUCCUCACAACCCAGAGAGUUGCUGAGAGUUGACUACUCAUUAAAGAAAGCUGAUACCUUACUAAUUAUAUUAGGGGGGGGGGGGACAAAUA